AUGGUCGAGGCUGCGAGACGUGGCACUCCACCUCGGCUCCAACCAAUUGACUUAGCCGGAUCGUCUGUCUUUGCUGCACGCUCAUCGGCCAGCACUCAGGGGAGAUUCUGGCAUUAUGUAAAGGAAAAGGACGGACGUGAUGGAGCGCCUUCCCCCGAACAGAAGACGGUCGAAGGUGCCGCCAGAGCAACGGAAACGAGUCUCCAGAGCGUAUAUGCAAUGGCUGCAACAUCCGCCGCAUCAAAUGCACUGGGGAUCGACCCUGCCGACAAUGCCGUUCGGCCGGCCGGUCCGUGCGAGUAUCCUUCCCCGGCGGAGGAACGGAUCACCAUAUCCAGAGCCACCUACGAGGACCUGCAGGCCAACGAACAAUUCCUGCAAAAGUGUCUCAGCGCGGCGAUCCCCUCCGAGAAAGACCGAUUGGAGCUGAUGAGACGGGCCCGGAGUGCGAGUGCGAGUGCAAGUGUUAGUGCACACGAGGACUGUCCUCCAGCUCAGACUGGCAGCAGCAGUGGCAGUGGCAGCGCGACUCCUCUGAAGAAUUUCACUGCUUCCGACUCGGAGGAAGUCCUCGAUGGGGGCCGUCUACUCGCCGAUCCGGACGGGCACAGAAGGUACCUGGGGAAUUCGGCGGGCGCGGCCUUCCUCGAUCAACUACGGGAGUUUGCCAGCACGGUCUUGCCGCUGGUCUCGCAGGGGGACGGCUGUCUGGGGCUGUCACAGAUGGAGGAUUCAUUUGCGGUCUUGCUGGGCCGGUACCAGACGCAUGACUCUCGGCCACUGUUUCUCCCUCAGGUGGAUCCGUAUUAUCUCCCGUCGUUCACUGAGGCAGAGACGCUUCUUUCCACGUUGCCCAGUUUCGACGAUCAGACGAACGACGUCAGUAUCCAUUACUGGGGGAACAUUAUCCCAUAUUCUGCGCCAAGCCUACUGGCCGCAGUUGCUCGACGGGCUCUCUACGCGGUCAAGCCUCCUUGCCAUUUUGAAUGCGGCCCUGGCCGUGGCAAGCAAAUAGGCGACUGCACGGUCAGCGGGUUCCGAGCCCAGUCAGAGCUACUUUGCGCGCGCGAAACUUCUGUUCCGGAGCCCCCUGGAAACAGCGACUCCAGCGCAUAUCCAGUGUCUUUCCCUGAUGGGGUACUAUCUGCUGGGCGAAAAUCGACGAGACGCAGCUUACUCCUACAUCCGACUCGCGGGGCACAUCGCAAUCACGUACGGAUUCCAUCAAAGCUGGAUGACGGGCGAAAGGGAGAAGCGCCAGUUUUGGACGGUCUAUGUCCUCGACAGGUUGGUAGAUCCACCGCAGCAAAAGAAAGGACUGCGCGGCUAACUUUAAUUGAUGCUAGAUUCGUGAGCUGUCUUCUGGGACGGCCGAACAUGAUAUCAGACGAUGAUAUCGGCGUCGAUUUGCCCAAGGAUGAGCCGUGA